AUGGCCGCACACCACGACCGACGGGCCACGACUCCACCGUCUGUGCCCGGCGAAUCCGCCCUGGUGAAGCCAGCGCCGAAGCGGUUAGCGAAUCAGGUGCCGUAUGGGUGCAGCGCCUACCAAAUGCUACACGUAUUCGGCGCAGUCAUCGUAGUCUACAGCUACGGGCUGCACUACGAGAGCUUCAGGCUGACAGCUGGCGUAAUGGAUCACUGGUGCAGGCGGCCCGAUUCCAUGAAGAACCUCAGCGUGGACGAGUGGAAACAGCUGGCCAUACCGGUGGACGAGAAAGGCGAGCACAGCCACUGUACAGUGCGCGAUCCUCCGGACGGUGGCCAUGCGGCUCGCAUCGUGCCUUGCGCAUCGUGGGAGUUCGACCUCGGCGAGUACGGGAACAACAUCGUCAGCCACUGGAACCUAGUGUGCGACAGGCGCUGGCUCAUCGACGUCGCGAGGCUCGUGUACGCGGCUGCCAGCAUAGCCACGCUGCCUGCAGUCGGAGCGCUCGCGGACAGCGUCGGCCGCAAGGCGGUACUCUUCUUCACCGUACCUGUAGUCCUCAUAUCGCGCACCGCUAGUGCCAUGCCGAAUGACUUCCAGUUCUUCGUGGGUGUGCGUGCCGUCGUGUCAGCCUCCACGAGUGCCCUCGUGGUACCUGUGUACGGGAUGGUUUAUGAAUUGUCGCCGAGUGAAAAAUAUCGCGAUUAUAUAAUCAUGAUCGCGAUAUCUACGUUCAUGCUAUCACCGAUCACACUGUUUACCGCUCAACUCGUGAAGGCAGGAUGGGCGACGCUUCAGCUGAUACUGAUGGUUCCAACAUGCCUUCUCCUGCUACUUUAUUACAUCAUCGAUGAGUCACCCAGCUGGCUUUUGGAGACCGGCAACAUCAAACAAGCCGAGCGCAUCGCUUUGCGUGCGGCAAGUAUAAACAAGGUCUCCCCAGAGCACUGCCGAGAUCUCGUGGCAGCUCAGGCAGCGGAGAUUAAGGCUCGUAGUCGGGAGGCUGGAAAUAGCAGCGGUAUCUGCAGCCCACAGUUCAGAGCUUGCACCAUUACCAUGUGCUAUAUGUGGGCUGCGAUAAGCUACGCCUUCGACGCCUUCGUCAUUAACGACGGUUUUCCCAUCGGGGAAACCACAACAGCGUUGAGUUUCAUCGUGGCCUUCAGUGUGCCCGUGGUCUCGUCGCCGUUCAAUACUACCUUCGGCUACAGGAACACCGUGAGCACCUCCGCACUCGUCUUUGCCGUAACACUGACCAUCCUGGCCACUGACCCACGGGAGCAGACUGCGUUGCGUGAUUCGCUCGUAAUUAUAAUGCGCGCAACUGGAACCGCCUGCUUUACGUUCUAUCUCAUCAUAUACGUCGUCGCGUACCCGGUCUUAACCCGCUGCGUUGGUAUCUCUGUGGGUCUCGCCUUCAGCCGCUUGGGUGACACCUUGGCCCAGAUGAGUCCAGCGCUGCUUGGUGGCCGCCGUACAACGUUGCAGCUUGCCAUUGCUGCCGCCUUCAUGUCACUUUUCGUGGUGGGCGCCGAACUUGUGCCCUGUCACAUUGACGUUAGGCAGCAAUACAUAUUAGCGCCCAGCAAGGGCUCCGGCCUCGUGACAAGCGAGGAUAGGAAGCGCGCCAUGCAAGAGACACUGGUGCGUAUGCCAAGGGAGCCCGUGAAGCACCGGGGCACCCCCAUCACGAAGGACAGAGCAACAUCAAGUGACUUACCAAUAGGGACAACUCCUGAAAAGACAUACUAGAACUUUCUGCGCGGACAUGAGAUACAUAUCACUUGUACACCACGGCAUUGUUUGUGACAUCUAGGAGUUCAGAAUUUUGCCACAGUUUGUCACACGUUCGCGUUACUAGAUGUUCAGUUAGAGUAUUUCUUGUGUGUUAGCAUUGUAGAACUUUGUCUUGUUACGUUGCUGCAACGGUUUGAACUUGCAGGGACGGCUGGGUCACUUGGAGUGUCUGUUUGAAUAUCCAAGCCCGUUCCAGUUUUCUACGUUGUACCUCGGCGUGCCUCGCGUUUGCGACGACGCGAUUCCAUUGAUACUGCUAGAAACCUAUUUCUCCUAUACUUUUUAAAAUUUUUCUUAGACCUAAGUGUCCACGUAAGCGAAGCGCCAGGAUUUCGCGCCUUGCUGUCACUCGGAACUCUAUUCGGAGAAAAGAGUGCAAUGGCAAACUAAACAAGACGGUUCGUAUGGUACGACUUUGUGACACCUGUGUGUGUGCACUCGUGAACGGUGUUGCGGGUUGAAAGAGUAUGCGUAACCUUUCUCAAAAAUAUUUAUGACAUAUUUAUAACCCGUAAAAUGUACAUGACUGUCUUGCAUUUAUAAGC